AUGGCAACCACAGAACCUCAGUCCUACAAUCCAGACAUUCCCUCGGACCCUGUUACCAAAACCACGGACACCAUCCAUGUCGAACUCACCCCGCACGACCUAGACUCCCUGUCAGCAACCAAAUUCGUCCGAUCGCCAUCAGCAGGCGCAACAGUCUUGUUCAUAGGCACAACACGCGACUCAUUCAACAACGAGCCUGUUUCCUCUUUAGCCUACACUUCCUACGCCCCUCUUGCCAUCUCAACCCUGUUCAAGAUCGCUACUUCUAUCCUCACAAAACACGCAUGCACCAAGAUCGCCAUCAUUCACAUGUUGGGCGAAUGCCCGAUUGGGGAAGAGAGUAUUGUUAUUGCGGUUUCAGCACCGCACCGGCAAGCGGCGUGGAGAGCGGGUGAGGAGGCAUUGGAAGAGACAAAGGACAAAGCCGAGAUAUGGAAGCUAGAGAGGUUUGAAGGCGGGGAGGGAGUUUGGAGGGCGAAUAGGGAUGGGCAGAAAGGUGUGAAGGUAGAGGAUGGCGCCAAGUAG